CGGCCCGCGCCCAUCCCCAAGGCAGCCCCGAAGCUUUGGGACCCAGGGGCAGGGCCACUCGGGGAGGGGCAAGAGGCAGAGCUCCCCGCCCCCUCCACUCCCCCACUCCUGCGCCGCCUGCAGCCUCUCGCCCGCGGCGGGAAGCGGGGAGCAGUCCGGCGCCAGUCGGGAGGCCAGGGGAGGUCGGCCGCAACUUCCCCGGUCCACCUUAAGAGGACGAUGUAGCCAGCUCGCGGCGCUGACCUUAGAAAAACAAGUUUGCGCAAAGUGGAGCGGGGAGCCGGGCCUCUGGGCAGCCCGGGCGGCGCUUCCACCGCCUUCCAGCCUCCCGGGGGCGCAGCCGCGGCCCAUGGAGCCCGCCGGCCCGGUCCCCGGCCGCCUCGGGCCGCUGCUCUGCCUGCUGCUCGCCGCGUUCUGCGCCUGGUCAGGAGCAGCUGAACCGGAGCUGCAGGUGAUUCAGCCUGAGACGUCAGUGUCUGUCGCUGCUGGAGAGUCGGCCACUCUGCACUGCACUGUGACCACCCUGCACCCCGUGGGGCCCAUCGAGUGGUUUAAGGGGUCAGGACCAGACCGGGAGACAAUCUACAAGUUCAAACAAGGCCACUUCCCCCGAGUCACAAAUCUCUCAGAUACCACACUGAGGGACAACAGGGACUUUUCCAUCCGCAUCAGGAACGUCACCCCAGCAGAUGCCGGCACCUACUACUGUGUGAAGUUACAGAAAACCAGCAAUGAAAACAAGGAAGUUAAGUCUGGACCAGGCACCGAGCUGUCUGUGCGAGCCAGACCUUCUCCCCCCGAGGUGUCGGGUCCUGCGACCAGGGCCACACCUGGGCAGACAGUGAGCUUCACCUGCGAGUCCCACGGCUUCUCCCCCCGCAACAUCACCCUGAACUGGUUCAAAAAUGGGAACGAGCUCUCCCACAUCCAGACCAGCGUGGACCCCGCAGGAGAAAGCGUGUCCUACAGGGUGUCCAGCACAGCCCAGGUGACCCUGGCCCCCGGGGACGUCCACUCUCAGGUCAUCUGCGAGGUGGCCCACGUCACCCUGCAGGGGGGGCCUCCUCUUCGUGGGACUGCCAACUUGUCUGACACCAUCCGAGUUCCGCCCACUGUGGAGGUCACCCCACUGACCACAAUGGCAGGGAGCCAGGUGAACGUCACCUGCCAGGUGAAGAAGUUCUACCCCCGGAGCCUACAGCUGACCUGGGUGGAGAAUGGAAAUGUGUCCCGGACAGAAACGGCCUCGACCCUCUCAGAGAACAAGGACGGGACCUACAACCUGACCAGCUGGCUGCUGGUGAACUCGUCUGUGCACAGGGAGGACGUGACCUUCACCUGCCGGGUGGAGCAUGAUGGGCAGCCGGCCACCACCAGAAACUGCACCCUGCAGGUCUCUGCAGGCUCCAAGGAGCAUGGCCUGGACCACGCCCCCUCUGGCAACACCAGCAAUUGGAACGUGUUCAUCGUGGUGGGCGUGGUGUGUGCCCUGCUGGUGGUCCUGCUGAUGGCCACCCUCUACCUCCUCCGAAUCAAACAGAAGAAAGCCAAGGGCUCCACUUCUUCCACAAGGUUGCAUGAGCCCGAGAAGAACGCCAGAGAUAUAACCCAGGUACAGUCCUUGAUCCAGGACACAAACGACAUCAAUGACAUCACGUAUGCAGACCUGAAUCUGCCCAAGGAGAAGAAGGCCGCGCCCCGGGCGGCCGAGCCCAAUAACCACACGGAGUACGCCAGCAUUCAGACUGGCCCGCCACCCAGGCCAGAGGACACCCUCACCUACGCCGACCUGGACAUGGUGCACCUCAGCAGGGCCCCCAAGCAGCCAGCCCCCAAGCCCGAGCCAUCCUUCUCGGAGUACGCCAGCGUCCAGGUCCAGAGGAAGUGAACGGGCUGCGCUGGGCUCCAGGGGCCUGUCCCCACGAGCUUUCUUGUCCCACAUGGAGUGUCCGUGUGGACAGCCACUCCAGGCCCCGGACGGCUGGGUGGCGCAGACCCCGGGACCAGGAGUGAAGGUGGCUCCCGUCUGCCCAGCCCCUGGCUGUGGGGCACUCCCAGGGCAGCCACGCCCCCACACCCUGCACCCCGUCUGGAGACUGAUGUUGCCGCACCGGCUGGGGAACCAGCCAGCACCACUGGGGUCCAAGAACUGCCGUGCCUCUGACCAUCAUGCAGGGGUCUGGGUCGUGGUCUUAGAGACCCUGGCUGCCUCCUUGUUGCUCCAGAUCCUGCUCUUCCAGGAUGAGGAGGACCAGACCCCCCACCUCCUCUUACCACCUCCACCCAACGGGGGCUUCUGGGAAAUUUUCUCCCUGUAGAUCAAACGGCCCCCUCUGUGGAAAAGCUGGAAACCUACAAAGCCGAGACCUGAGUCCUGAGACUUGAGGAGGUUGCUGCCGACAGUCCUGGGCUCCCCCUCUCUGGGUUGACGUGCCACAAGCCCCAGGGGAGGAGGGGACCCUCUCCCCUUUCUCGGGCCUCUCUGCCACUCCUGGAGCUUCUGCCAGCCCGCCGGGCACUGGGCGUGGCCGCCUCUCCUCCGCAGCCCCAGCUUGCUUCCUCCAGCCAGCACUAACUCAGCAGCAUCGCUCUGGGGACGCCUGUAAAUUAUUGAGAAAUGUGAACCGUGCGAUCUUGAAGCCGAGGUGUUAGAAAACUUGAUCUGUGGUGUUUCGUUUCGGUUUUUUUGUUUUUGUUUUGCUUUUUGUUUUUUUCUUUUCUUAAAACAACAGCAAUGUUAUCUUGGCUCUUUGUCACGUGUUGAAGUUCAUGGUUGGGUCUUGUGAAGUCUGAGGUUUAACACUUUGUUGUCCUGGAGGGAUUUUCUUACAGCAGAAACUGAAUGCCUCCAAGUCCCAGCGUCCUGAGGACCUGGAAGAAGGAUCCAUCCCUGCCGCUGCUCCGUGGAGACACGUAGCCUUCUCUCUGGGACUCACUUGACCGAGUCCUCAGCCGGGCCAUGCAGCGGGGACUGCUCCCUCCGCGGCCCCACUGUGGUAAGUGCAGACCUGCCCAGAGCUGCUCCAGCCUGCGGUCCUGUCGAGACCCGAUGCCUCAGUCUGCUCUUCCAUAGAGUGGGAAGAGGGCCGGUGACACCCCUCCCCACCAUCUCUCAUAAGCACUUUAGGGACAUGCCGGGGGACUGGGGGACAUGGAGCCAGGCUGUUUGCCUCACCCCCUUAGCCGUCGCCCCCACCCCAUUCCAUAUGUCAGAGCUCACCCCUACAGGAGGAAUCUUCCAUUUCUGCUCACGAACGCCAUUGGGAUCAGACUGGAAUAGAUCCUGGUCACGGCCAGGGAGCUGAGCUCUGAGCCAGUGCAGAUUCCCCACCUCCAGCCCCCCAGCACUCUGGCUCAGGAGGUUGGGCAGAGGCUGUGACCUAGCGACCCUUUGAUCGCCACCCUUCCUCUUGGGUCCGAGGACCUGGCUGGGUCCAGGACAAGCAUGUUACACCUGCUCAUUCAGUCUUCACAUAUAACUUGUCGACUUGAGAAGCGAAUGUCCCUGAUCCCCGGGCCGUGGGAUCCCCAAGGGACUCCUGGCUGUCUGAGCAGAAGCUGAGCCAGCCUGCCCAUUUCUGCAGGUACGACAGACAGGUGAGACCCAGGAGCUGGCACAGACCCCGUGCUCCGGGGCCGGGGGCUUGGUGUUUUACACUUUGGCAUCUGGAAGUUCUCUGAGCCAGUGGGCCAUGAGGGCAGCCUUGGCCUGACCAAGCCGUUUCCUCUGUCACAUCUGGGAGCCACAGUGGCCCCGUCGCCUGCUCUGGCCGUUUCCCAAUUCUAAAGGGUUGGCUGGUCAUCUCCCUCUGCUCAGCCCAGAGGCAGCACACGUGUGCACACGUGCUCACAGACACACAGGAUUUUUAAAAGAAUGUUUUCUUGGUGCCAUUUAAAUUCUGUUUUACUUUAAUUUUGGGAGGGGGAAGUAGGGAAUGAGGCCAAGGAAGACUAUCGUUUAGCUCCAGCCGGGCAGCCUGGAGAGUCCCCAUACCUUGUGUAUGGAACCCCAGGAAGAGGAAGAGGUUGAAAUAAACCUGCGGAAGGAGUGUGGUUUCAGGAGUUUAUUUUCAGACUGUUGGGAAGGAAACAGGCCCCAUUUUGUAUAUAGUUGCAACUUAAACUUUUUGGCUUGCAAAAUAUUUUUGUAAUAAAGAUUUCUGGGUAACAAUGA